AGUUAUAGUUGCACUUUUUUCACCGCGUCGGCCACAUAAUACACGAGUCGAUAUGUCUUAAUAUAUUAAAAAGUCACUAAUUACAUUAUACAAAAAAAAAAAAAUAAAAAAUAUUAUAACAUUUCGUUCGAGUAUAUUACAUAUAUAUACUUAAUAUAUAGUAGCUAUAGGACAUAAUGAGCAGACAUCUUUGGUGGAUUUUAAUCUGGCCAGUACUGCAGGUGACGAAAAUUGGCGGAAAAGAGUCACCAGAUUUCGAAUUUGGACAUCACUAUGUGGGUUUGACGGUAUUGCCGGACAUAGAGCAACAAGGGGGUAAGCGCGUGGUAGUGUCGUGGCAAGUGCUGUCAGCUAACCCUAACGACUGGGUCGGAGUAUUUGGCGCGGACCCAGCGCAUGGCCGUUUUAGGUCUGCCACCGAGAUGGCGCUCCGUAAGUAUCCGGUGAACGCCACAUCUGGCUGGUUGGAGACCGAUCUGACAGUGGGCACGAAGACCAUACAGUUGCUUUGCCAUGACGGUCAGUUUAAAAGCCAGUGUUUCGAGUAUUGGGUGGCAUACAUCAGUGGCGAGACCGACACACUAUUAGCAACAAACUGUCUUAAGACUCAACCUAAUUGGAUGGACAAUUUGACAGAUGACAUCAAAUCUUUAAGAUUAAAUUCCCUGUUUUUGCCAGGUACGCAUGACUCAGGAGCAUAUGAUAUUACCCAAAAUUGUCCUAUAUACUUUGAAAAGUAUGUCUACACUCAAGACGUUGAUAUUUUGAGUCAAUUGUGCCACGGAGCCCGUUACUUGGAUUUAAGAGUAGGUUUUGAUUGUCAGUCUGAUCAUUUAUGGUGGCUACAUCACGAAAUUUAUCCAGUAAGACCUUUGUCAUACAUUCUUGAGGAUAUAAAAACAUUUGUAGAAGCAACAAAUGAAAUUGUAAUUGUCGAAUUUCAUAAAUUUCAAACGGGCUUUUCAAAAAAUCUGUCAGAGCAUCUUAAGUUAUAUCAAUUUGUAACACUUUACUUGGGUAAGCAUAUGGCUAAAAUGGAUUGGAAUAAAUCACUCAAAGAUUUACAAGCUGAAGGACAUAGAGUAAUCGUAACUUACAACUAUUUGCCAAUAACACUAUAUGCUAAUGAUAAAAACCUUUGGACACCUAUUCCUCGAUAUUGGCCAAAUGCUCAAAAAUUAACAACAUUUGAAGACUACGUACGUUUCUAUAUAAAUAAAACACAAAACGAAAGCGGUGUAACAUUGUUGAUGGCUGAGUUAACUCCUACUCCAUUGGACGUUAUUUUCAAUAGAGGUUAUGGUUUACGACACAUGAGUUCGAUAAUUAAUGAAUCUCUGUUCAAGUGGUUUUCAAUGCCAGAGUGGGGAGGACAUUUUAACAUCGUCGCUGUAGAUUUUCUACAAAGUACCAAUAUCAUCGAUGCAGCGAUCCAUUGGAAUAAGAAAAAAAUCAUUCCGUCCAACAAGUGAUAAUAACCUCAUAAACAAUAUUUAAAAAUCAAAACCAGUGUCAUGCUCAUUGCGCAUAUACAUAAUAAUUUAACUUAUGGUUACUACUAAAACUAAUUAUCAUUUA